CUGAACUAACCCGGGUUACCGGGACAGGACCCCCACAGAAGGCCCUGUUUCAGUGGAAGUGUGCCUGGGAGCGAGGAGAGGCGAGCGGGUAUCUAUCGUUCUGCUGUCCGUAGAAACUGAACCUUCAGCCCGCUGGUUUUAUGGUUAGCUCGCUAACCAGCCCGCUCCUCCUCCAGCGGAGUCUGCUGCGCACGAAAAAAUACGCAGCGUAUGACUGCACGUAUGUUACGCGUCUGUGUUUGUGAUGAAACGGCAUCAUGGCGGAGCCCACUGUCCGCUUGCCCGGGAUCGUUUUAGCUUCCCUCAUGUUUCAGCACGUUAACAGUGACUCCGAUGUGGAGGGGUUGAUCCUCGGAGAGAGCAGGUUUGACGAGCAGGUCACCAUCAGCGACUCUCAGGCCGAUCACAUCCACAUCGAGGAAACAUACAACGUCCAGAAGCACAUCGCCUGCCACAGACUGAACACUCUGUACAGCAGUGAUGGACAGGUGAACGCGGAGGAGCUACACAAGCUGCUGGCAGAGAACAAGCAGCAGAGCGUGAUCGGCUGGUACCGGCAGCGCAGGAACUCGGAGCAGCAGAUGACCUUCAGAGAGAAGCUGGUGCACGAGAACCUGAAGAGCGCUCUCUCCAACCCUCACAUGAUCUUUGUGCUGCUGACUCCCACCAAGACGACACCUCCAGGCUCCACGCACAGGAUGGAGUACUCGGCCUUCAUCUCUCGCAGCAGGCACUUCAUGAACGUCCCCGUGCUCAUCACCAACCUUGGCCUCCUCGAGCAGCUUUCUUACUGGAAGGUGUCGGCACCGUGCUCUGCAGCUGGUUACAGCCUCACGAUGAAGAAACACGGGUCAAAGUUCUUCUGCUCCAGCGGGCUGCUAAAGGAGGUGAACGAAGUGAAUAAGAUGAACGACUCGCUGCAGGCGGAGCUGCAGAAAACGUGCAGAGACGUGGAGGAGAGCGAACGCCUGGUCGAAAUGCUGCAGACGGAGGUGUCAGCCCUGAGGACGAAGCUCAGAGAGAGGCAGCAGAGCGAAUCAGGAAAAGAAAGCGCCGCCGACCCCUGCGAGCCAAGGAAGAACCGGCUGCUUCAGGAGGCCGUCAGGGCGCUGCUCGCCUCCUCGCCGCUCUUCCACACUCAGACGCUCACGCUGCAGGGACUUCCUGUUCCUGACCACACAGACGACAUUUCCAUAACGACAGCGAGGGAGGCGCCGCCGAGCGCAACAAACUACCGUAAAAGGUUGAGGGAAAUGCUGCCAGAGAAGGAGAGGAAACGCAGGAGGAGCAAGAGCUGAGUCCAGGAUGUAUCCAAGUUCUGUCGGAUGUUUUUGGAACCGGUCUGUUUAAAAGAAGUUAUUGAUAAAGUUUAUUUCAAAAAAGGACA